AGGUGGUUUAAUGAUCCAGCGAAGAGACCUUUGGGAAUUACUUAUACAGAAGUGCAGUGCCAGGAAACACUGAAGCAAGGGGACUAGGCGAACCUUCAAUCCAGCUAUAGGUUACCAAGGAAUCAACAGUUCUGUGCAAAUCGUAGCCGACAAAGAAGACCUAUACGAGUUUCUCAGUAGAAAGUGUCUCAAAGAGCAUCACUUUCUUCCCGGCCGUGCCAUCUGUGGGACUUACAGGCCUAUCAAUAUUGAUCUAAGCAAUAUGAAUCACGUAGAGCUAUCGGAGGACGCACUGGACGUCGGAGCCGUUCUCGCACAGGCUGGAUCUCAUGACUGCGGCGCUCUAUCGGUCUUCUUGGGAACCACGCGCAAUCACUGCGAUGGAAAGCCAGUGGACAGGCUGAGUUACGAAGCGUACGCGCCCAUGGCGAAGCGCGAAAUGCUGCGCAUCUGCGAAGCCAUUCGUGAACGGUGGGCCGUGAAGAACAUCGCCAUCGUUCACCGGCUGGGAGACGUGCCUCUGGGCGAGUCCAGCGUGCUCAUUGCCGUCUCCUCCGAACACCGCCAGGAGGCGAUGGACGCGUCGAAGUACGCCAUCGACGAGCUCAAGCGACGUGUGCCGAUUUGGAAGAAGGAGCACUACAGUGACGAUGGCGAACAGUGGAAAGAGAACAAGGAGUGCUUCUGGACCGAAGGACGCUGAACUUUGAAGUUUUUCUAGCUGUUGUUAUGCAUCUGAGGAGGGUUUUAUAAAAUGGCGAAUGUCUUCUAGGGUCAUGCCUAAGAGAGCACGAGCAGCGUUCCUAAAAAAGGAAUGACAGUUAGUUAAUCUAUAGUUUGUGUUUUCAUUAGACUGUUUAACCUAGCUGGUUAGGGGUAGUUUUACCUGUUUUCUGUUCGUAUCUGUUGCAUCAGUAACCUAUGAUAUGCUCCAGUUAAAUUUCAGGAUUCCUGAUUUUGCUGCGUCUUCAUUGAGUGCUCUUGAAACUUAGUUUUAACAAACUUCUUAUUUCAACUGCGUUCCUCUUAUCUCUGGUAAGCUGUUGCCGUGGUUCCAUAAGAGACGCCCAGUGCUUCGUUCGAUCUUCACUCGCUCUGUUGAUCUCGUUGAGCCGUUUCGAUAUUAUAAAUACUGAAUGUUGCCGUUGUAUUGAUUCACAGGCGUCAUGUUCUUUAGUUAAGUGUGGAGGGUUCAGAUAAAUUGAUUGCUGGUUCUUAAAUGUACGCGUACGUUUGCCUUUUCUAGUUUUUUUCUUUGGGAACCUAUACUCACGAGUCAAAUACACGAUGCUUUGGACGGGGGUGUCUAUAACGCGUAUGUGUUUGAUGAAUAUUACUCUGCACGCUAUUCAUUCCAAUUUUUCGCAUAUAUUUUCAACAGGAAAGAACUUUCGUUUUCAUAUAUUAUUGAGUAGAGAAAGUACU